UGCGCUGGAAAACAUCACGUGCGUGGUCAGGCCAAUCACUAACUCUGUGUCCGGAAAAAGGCGGAGCUAUUGACUUACCUGGAGCCGUUGCUACUAACGCUUGGUAGUUGAGCAGUGUGGUGUAUGUGAUGUGCUGAGGUGACUGGCGUAGUGUGAACUGUGCCUGCGUUAUGCUGUACAGCAGUGUGGUGUGAACGGGUAGCUAGAGGGGUCGGAGGAUGGAAGUGUUGAGAGACACUAUCCCCCGUGAGGAAGAAGAGGAUGGGGGAGAAGGAUGGGACAGCCGCUCAUCAUCUUAUACUGACUGCAGCAGCUGCUGCUCCAGUGAUCUGGAGCCGGAAUGGUUGGAAGGAGUAGAGCGGAAUGGGGAACUAUUUUAUCUUGAGUUGAGUGAAGGGGAAGAAGAAGCAAUCCUACCUCUGAAUCCAGGUGUAAACCAUGUCAGAUUUUGUGAAAAGGUGGCAGAAGUUAUUUCGGAAAAUGCCAAGCAGAAUAAAAGUGAGCCACGUUUUAAAAAACUAGCAAAGAUAUUGAGGAAUAAGCACAUCAGCAAGAAGAGGUCUUCUAGAUUAACCGGACCAACAGGGCCUACGUCUAUCCUCAAGCACAGCCACAGAACCGGAAUGCUUGUUCAUCAGCAGUAUAAGGAUAUUUGCCUUUAUGUUAAUCCAAGCCGGUUACUGGACAGGGCACCAUAUGAGAAGCUCUGCCUCCUCCAGAGACUGUUAGGGAUCGUUCAUCAGUCCUCAAAGAACAGCAAGAGAUUGGAAAAGCAAGGUGGAUCUGCUACCCUACAUCAAUGGACAACCAUGGAGAAGCUGGUUGUUCAUGGUUUUAUCCCAGAUAGUCCAUCUAUUCGUUGUGGCCAAAUCCUUAUUGGUGAUGCACUUGUUGCAGUUAAUGAUGUGGAAGUCAACACAGAAAACAUAGAGCGGGUGCUAUCUUGUAUACCGGGCCCCAUGCAGGUGAAGCUGACAUUCGAAACAACGGUGUUUGAUGCCCAAACUCCAUCUCCAAGUAUAAAUUAUGUGCCGCAGCCACCCAUGAACAAUAUGACAAAACUGAUCUGGGGUGAAGAACAUACCAACUACCAGCAAAUCUUGCAAGACUUACCUCACAUAAUAAUGUACCUGACGCUCAGGCUUGACUCGGACUCUUCUAAAGAAGAGCAGGAAAUUCUCUACCAGUAUCCUGUGUCUGAAGCCUCCCAGAAGCUUAAGAGUAUACGAGGAUUAUUUUUAACACUAAGUGAUAUGCUGCAGAAUGUGACAGGAGCCUGUAUUGUUAGCACAUCACUUAUUUUGAACAAGAAGCUGGUCCAUGUUUCAUACUGGAAAGAGUCUGAACAUUUAUUCCUAAUUUGUCUUCCAGCAGAGAGAAUUUCACUUCUACAUUUAAAGAAUAUGACAGCGGAUGUAGUUAGAACAUUAAAGUUCAUGUACACGUCCUUGGAUAGGGCCUUCUGUCAAGCGGAAAAUGUACCCCGCCUCGAUCAUUUCUUUAGCCUGUUUUUUCAGCGAACAGUAAGGCUAUCAAUUUUAAGUGCAAGCACUAGCCAGGGAGCACAGUUCUAUGAUGCCUGUAGCGCCCACUUAACUGACAACCUUCCAGGGGUACGAUGGCUGUCCUUGCCUGAAGAUAUCAAGACAGAGAUUGAUACAGUACUGAGUGAUCUGGAGGCCCUUGACUUUGCAGAACUGUCUGAAGACUACUAUGAGAUGAGACGGUUGUACAUGAUUCUAGGGACCUGUCUGUUUUACAAGGGUUAUCUGUUGUCCAAUCACUUGCCUAAGGAAGAUCUGAUUGAUGUUGCCCUUUACUGUCGACACUAUUACUUAUUAUCAUUAGCAUCAGAGCGGAUUGGGCAGCUUGUGGUAUGGAGAGAAGUGUAUCCCCACGAUCAUCUGGAAAAGUAUGGCUCACUCAGCAGGGAUAAAUACAACCAGCCUGAGGCAAGGUACUUCCUUCUCAUCGUAGGCCUGAAGCACUUUAUGCUGUGCUCACUACUGGAAGCUGGCGGCUGUGCAUCUAAAGCAGUUGGAAAUCCAGGACCCGACUACAUAUAUGUGGAUCAGCUGAAAGCAUGUCUACUUCAACUGGAAAUGCUGGACACAAGUAUAGAAGAAAGGUUGAACGCUUCUCCAAACCCUUGUUUAUCAUGUGCCGAUUGGUUCCUGCCUUCUGCUAGGGACAAAUUCCACAACGUUGUCAGUUCUGUCAUGAUGAACAAACUUCAGACGCCCAAGAAAGCCAAUCAGUCAUUGAGUAAGAAGGGUCUGAUUCCUGACACCCAGACUUCUCUAAAGACUCGUAGACCAAGUCCCACUCGGAGUAGUGGAGGAUCUGAUAAUGGUAGUGAUUGUCUAGGGGAAAACACUGGUGUUGGAUCUCACUCCACUCCAGACCUGACCCGUAAAUUUGGAAGAAGAGAAUCACAAGGCUCGGGGGGAUCAGAAGGAAGUGGAGGGAGUGGGGGUGUUCUCAAGAUCAGCAAAAAAAAAUACACUCUUCCAAAUCCUUUUAAUUUGGGAAGCUUGAGAAAGAACCUUUCAGAGAGGCAGACAGAAGAUCUGUAUAACACUGUGAAAUUAACAUCAGGGUCAGAGAAUACACUUUUUCAUUACAUAUACCUAGAAACUGUGCAAGGAGUCUUUAUCUGUCCAACACACAAAGAGGUGGAGGACCUCAGCGGCGCCAUUCACCCACUGCUGAUCAAGAACUUUCAUCGAUGCUGCCUGUCCAUACGCUCUUUGUUUCAGCAAACUCUCACGGAAGAGAGACACAGCAAUUCCAAGGCGGAUGUGUGCAAGGACUUUACCGGGCUCGGGCCUGUUAAAGAACAUGGGGUUUUGUUUGAAUGUUCUCCUGAGAACUGGACUGACCAGAAGAAAUCGCCUCCCAAAAUGUCUUACUGGGUAAUUGGGAGACUCUUUCUGCAGCCUCAGCCUCAGGAGUUCUAUGUCUGCUUUCACGACUCCGUCACGGAGGUUGCCGUGGAGCUGGCCUUCAAGCUGUCCUUUGGGAUGCCACUUUAGUGCUGGCGACAAGCAGGACUUAUAUUCAUCAACCACAUUGUCUUGAUAAAGUCCAUGCCGUUUGCCUUACACAUGCACUUGUGACAGAUUUUUACGGGUGUUUCCUGUAGAUUUACAGAAUUCUUUUUAUAGAUGAGCUGUAUGUUGACGUUUUGCUUCUUUUAAAGAAAAUAUUUAUUUUGAAAUAUUUUUUGUAAUGAUAUUUUAUACGGUUGCUAUAUGUAUUGCAUAUUUGUUACUGUCUAAACAUACUGACGAGUAAUGUUAAUUUUCUACUUGAUAUCGUCAAAAGAUAAACAAGUUUGCACUUAAAUGCUGCUUCUA